UAUUUGGCCGAUUUUCAAUGCUGCACCUUUGUUGAUGAACGUGGUAUGUACACAUACCGGGACCGUAUUCGACGCAUGUGCGAACAGAAUAAAUCUUCAUUUGUUGUAUCCUACACGGAUUUGGCAAAUAAAGAGCAUGUACUUGCGUACUUCCUACCUGAAGCACCUUUUCAAAUGCUAGAAAUCUUCGACAAGGUGGCUAAAGACAUGGUCUUAUCAAUAUUUCCAACAUAUGAACGUGUUACAACAGAAAUUCAUGUUCGUAUAUCAGAAUUGCCUCUUAUAGAAGAGUUACGGACUUUCCGGAAACUCCAUCUGAACCAGCUGGUGCGUACUUUGGGCGUGGUAACAGCUACAACGGGUGUGUUACCUCAACUUUCAGUCAUCAAAUACGAUUGUGUGAAGUGUGGCUACGUUUUGGGGCCCUUUGUACAGUCACAGAAUACAGAAGUUAAACCUGGCUCCUGUCCUGAGUGUCAAAGUGCCGGCCCUUUUUCGAUUAAUAUGGAACAAACAUUAUAUCGGAAUUACCAGAAGAUUACCUUACAGGAAUCUCCUGGUCGCAUUCCCGCUGGUCGGAUUCCGCGUAGUAAGGACGUAAUUCUUUUAGCGGAUCUUUGUGACUUAUGCAAGCCGGGUGAUGAGUUAGAAGUUACUGGUAUUUACACAAACAACUCUGAUGGUUCGCUAAACACUGAGCAAGGGUUUCCGGUUUUCGCCACCGUCAUUAUUGCGAAUCAUAUCGUUGUGAAGGACAGCAAACAAGUAGUACAAUCGCUUACGGACGAAGACAUCGCUACCAUUCAGAAGUUGAGUAAAGAUCCUCGGAUUGCAGAAAGAAUAAUAGCUUCAAUGGCCCCAUCCAUAUAUGGCCACGACUAUAUUAAACGCGCACUUGCGCUGGCUCUAUUUGGUGGAGAGUCUAAAAACCCCGGUGAUAAACACAACGUUAGAGGCGACAUAAACUUACUUAUAUGCGGCGACCCAGGAACAACAAAACACAAACAAAAAGAAGCUGAUUGUCACCGAACCGAACCCUUUUGGAGCUGA